AGCAGCCGCAGCAGGAAGAGCACCACCAGCACCCUCCAAAUUGGGACUCUAGCCCUUUAAAUCUGCUCAGUUACCAAAAAAGAAGAGGCAUCAGACCCUGUUAAUUAAAGCUCGCCCUGGUCCAUCAUUCUGAGGAGCUGCAGUGCUCUGCUCCUUCCCGGUGGCUUAGAGAUUCUCCUAAACUCCCAGCCAUGGAUCUUGGAGAAUUUCCCCCGAGAUCAGCAGGAGAGUGUGUGUCUCCGCCGACGUUCCCUUGAUGUGCUCACAAAUCUCUCUGAGAACAUCGCUCUGGACCUCCGAUGCGGCUGCCGGAGCAACCUGGAGAGGGAAAGCCUGAGAAUGAGGCAAGGGGGUGCAGAGGAGCCCCCGGAGGGGGAGAGGAGCCGCCGAGGAGCCAGGCCCCCGACUUCCCCACUUGGGGGAAGAUGCCUUUCCACCAUGUGACUGCCGGCCUGUUGUACAAGGGGAAUUACCUCAACCGAUCUCUGUCUGCUGGCAGCGACAGCGAGCAGCUUGCUAACAUCUCCGUGGAGGAGCUGGACGAGAUUCGAGAGGCCUUUCGGGUUCUGGACCGAGACGGGAAUGGCUUCAUCUCCAAGCAGGAGCUGGGAAUGGCCAUGCGCUCUUUGGGGUACAUGCCGAGCGAGGUGGAGCUGGCCAUCAUCAUGCAGCGCCUGGACAUGGACGGGGAUGGCCAGGUGGACUUUGAUGAAUUCAUGACAAUUCUUGGGCCCAAACUGGUGUCUUCAGAAGGUCGCGAUGGUUUUCUUGGAAAUACAAUAGAUAGCAUAUUCUGGCAGUUCGACAUGCAGAGGAUAACUCUGGAGGAGUUGAAGCACAUUCUCUACCACGCCUUCCGGGACCACUUAACAAUGAAGGACAUUGAGAACAUCAUCAUCAAUGAGGAGGAGAGCCUGCAGGAGACGUCGGAGAACUGUCAAACAGAGUUUGAGGGAGUGCAUUCCCAGAAACAGAACAGACAGACCUGCGUCCGCAAGAGCCUCAUCUGCGCCUUCGCCAUGGCCUUCAUCAUAAGCGUCAUGCUGAUCGCGGCCAACCAGAUCCUUCGGAGUGGCAUGGAGUAGCAGCCUCCCCCCAUCGCACUGCGUCCCGGCUCACCGCGCAUGUGCAUGCCCUGCGGGCAGACUCUGUUCCUCCACGAAAGCGGGUAUGGAUGAUGCAGACAUGGCACAGUUCAGUGAAGCGCCCAAGGCUGCGGGGCAACAGGUGUUGCGAAUCCACUUCAUCUCCUUGGCAGGGACACAAAAGGGCUGUCUUAAAUGCUUUAAUGGUUUUGUUUCCUAAUGCAAUAAAAUAGCCAGGAGUUCCCAGUGACUGCAUCAUUCACCCCUAGGAACUCUGAAGAGAGACUUCAUUUUCAUCUCAGAAUAUUCCAGUGGCCAUCCAGGUUGGUGGUGUCAGAGAGCAAGAGAGAGCCAUCGACAUGCAGUCAUCUCCAUGCCCCAUUCUGUCAACCCAGGGGUCAGCUGAAGACUCCCCGCUGAGGAAACCCUCAGUUCCAAGAAGCUGACUUCUGGGUUGCCAUGGAAGAGGGGGCUAUCCAUCCCAUCCCACCCUGGCUUCCUUCCUCCACCCAGUGGAGCACCCCCCCCCCCCAAGGCGUGAGGGGAAAGCCAUCGAACGGGGUGCAGUGCCUGGCAGUCUGCAGGUUGCACCCCUUGCUUCCGUUCUUACUGCCUUUUCUACAGGACUCUGGGCAGAGUUGGGGAGCUCUCAGUUUCCGUCGGCACUUGGCUUUCUGUUCCUAGAGCCCAUCGCGCACCAGCAUUUUGGAAUCUGCAGAGAGCCUUUCUCCCAGCUUUGCCACCUGUGCUGCCAUUAGUGGAGAAAAAAAAAAAAAAAAAAGAAGCAUAAUCGUGGGCAUCUCUAUAACCUAGACAGUAGACAGACGUAGACAUUGGGCUUCUUCAUGUGUGAUGUCAUUCUUUCCUAACCGCUUACUCCUGAUAGAAGCUUGUCCUCUGACAUGCAUCCCUGCCUCUCUGGGGUGGGCCAGGUAGUUUCGGGGGGUGGGUGCCGGAAGGCACUGAGACCAGUGGGGAGGGGGUGUUGCAGCCCACACCCCAACUGCCAGGAGUCCUGGGACCUGAACCCACCUCCAUGCCCGAAGACCCCUGUAAUUCAGGUCCUUGAGCAUCCUACCUUCUUUUCAUCUUAAAAUUUGCUUUGUUAGUCUUCCCCAGAUGAAAAGAGAAGUACCACCCAGAGUGAUCUUUCAAUCAAACUAUUGUAUUUUACAUAACCUCUUCCAGCACCCAGAUUCUACAACUGACUCCUAUUCAUGAGGAAACAAAAUAUGCGAAUCAGCUUAGCCAACACAACAGGUGACUCGCUCCUGCCUGCAGAAUACCUGUGCUGGGGAAGGGGCCGGAGUCCGGGGGUCCGUGUUCAACGCCAUUUCAAGUCUGUAAUUUCCCGACUUCUCCCAAUUGCCGUAUCGGCCACCACUGUUGAUUCAAGCUUGCAUAGUCUGAUUCGCCGAUAAUGUUUCGAUGUGAUGUUUUCCUUUGUACUUUUCAAACUCGGGUCUUUAUUUCUGUAGUAGGAUUGUUCUGCCCCUCUUUCUCCCCAUUGCAUCCUUGAAGCUACAUGCUCCCUCUCCCCCUUUCUUCCACUAUUGAGAUGCCACAAUCUUUCUUCUUUAGGUUUUGCAGUGAGGACAGGUAUGUGUCCCCUCCCCGUGCCCCAGAGUCCCUCCCGCUGAGUUUUGUCCCUUCCUGCCUUCUCUGACUUGGCCUUUUAGGGUCUUUUUCCGCCUCACCGCUGCAAGCACUUCAGGCAACAGCCAGCGGGCAGCUGUAGAAACUUCCUCACUGUGGGAGACUGCAAAUAUUCAUGAUGAGCACAAGUAGAACUAGGGUUUGAGCCAUAUUACAGAGGAUGGAGCAGGUGUGAGCUCCCAGGAGCCUGGGGGUUGAGGGUCCCGCUGGGGAAAUGCCUGGAGUCCCGUACAUCCAGGCCAAGGAAGGCAGCAGCCUGCCUGUCCCUCUCACCCACCCUGCCCUGCACAUCUGCCUCUUCUCUCUCUCCCCCUGCCCAACUCACCAUGGUCCUCAGGAUUGGUUUCCAGAACCAGGACAGGUCCAAACACAGAGCACUAACACUUCAAACAACUUCGUCAUUAGUUUUUGCCCAAAGCAGCUUACCUUCCCUCCCCCUCAACUGGACUUGGACAAGAAGGACCGCCUGAGCCACUAGACCAUGUCCUCCGGGGGGGGGGGGUGUACAAAGCGGAUUGAAUAGAGACCCCAGGGGAUGAUUCCUAAAGGAGCCUGCCCCAUGAGAGGGGAUUGCGAUGCUUCUUCAAGGCUGGGUCUGCAAGUUCUUCCACUUCUCACCGGAGAGCAGAGAACGGGGUCCCCAAACGAUGUGAGGCUUAGAAGAGAUUGUAGCCAUGAGGCAGGGGCGAGGGUUAAGCGGAGCCCUGGAGAGACAGCAGCAGCCUGCUCAAGUCCUCAGCAUCAUCUCCCUAAAAAGGACCCAUCGCCUCUCCCAGUGACCAGCAAGCAAGGCUGUCUCACCCAGGAGGGACUCGAGGAGCAUGUAAGGAUGGGAGGAUGAAACAGAAGCUACAGAACUCUCCUGGGCGGCCUAGAGCUGACCUCCCACGUGGUGGCCUCACACACGGCACCCAGGGCCGGAGGUGCGGGGAGACAGCCCAGAGCGAAUUGCAUUCCUGAGACCUUGGGAGCCAGGAGCUUGUCGUUGGGAUAUGACCCCUGGCUGCCUCGCCUGGACGGUGUGUCAGAGGUGUUGGGGUUCCUUGUAUGGCCUACGAUGUUGACUUUCCGCAGCCCCACCCUGGGUCCCGUCCACAUCAGAGCUACUGCGGGGCCCUCGCCGUGGCACUUGUGAUGCUCAUGGGUAGCGCGCGGCUCCUUCUUGCUGUAAGAAUGGGUGUCCCAGGCCACACAGUGGUGAUCGGGGAGGCAUUUGGCUUGGGGGACAAGGAACCUAGACCCUGAUCCCCUUGGCUUUAUAGAAGGCUGUCUCCUAUCACCCCAGAAGCAGACAGGGCCCCCAGACAGGACCUAGCACGGGAACUAUUAGAAGUGGCUUCCAGAAUGUGCAUGGGUCCCACGUGACUGAUCUGUAGAAAAAGGGGGGAUGGUGUUGCCAUGGCAACACUUGCAUUCCACCCUGGGUUUGCCCAGGCACACAAAAAUAGGGAACAUUUUCUUAAAGAACACUUGGGCUCUGCUUGAUUGCAACCCAAUUCCCUGCACCCACAUCCCACCGGUGGAGUAAAUUACACUCAAGAAAUCUGGCGGUUUCUCCGCCUUUUCUUGUGUUUUGGAACCACCCUUCCAUUUGCUCUGGGAACAGGAGCUACCUGAGCACCGGGUGGUUUCCUCCCCACUCCGCUGCUCCCCCCGCCACACUUCCCAGGGCCCAGAGCGAGGACCCCUUCAUCUGGGCAAAAAGGCAGAAAUGUCAUUUGGAAGGCAAAAAGUAUUUUAGGCUUCAGUCUUUAAAAGCAUCUGUUUGCCUGUUGAGAUGCUCUCCCACAAGCCAGAAAUGUGAACUGAGGUGAACUGAGGUUUACAUGUGGUCUUAGGCAAGCUCAGAGGCUUCAGAACUUUCUAGGUGUUUUAUUUGCAGAGAACAAGAUGUGUACCACGAGAUGUGUUCUUUCUCGAUAGCUGUUCCUGUCUCAAAUUUCACAUGACAAAUGGUCUGUCUCGUGGUUAGCCAAAAGAACCUAGUGAAAGAUGGCAAGCUCAUGUUGACGGGAAUGCCCCUCCUCUCCUCCCAUCUACACAAUCACAGAGUGAUAUAUCUAAGAACGCAAAAGAGAAAUUUCUCUUUUAUUCCAAAUGCCUUCUCUAGGCUUAAGUCCAGACUCAGGUUAUAAAUCAAAGAGAGUUUUGCUCUUAACUCAUAGCUGGCAGCCUCCCUGGGACCAUGACAAGAAGGGGAAGGGUGUGACGCCAAGCACAGGUCCUUGGGUUGGCUGGCCUGGCCACGUGUGGCUGCAUGUCACGAAACCCCGUUCCGUGAUGCCAUUCCCCUCCAUCCCCGCGGAAGCUACUGAGCUCUGCUCUCCCAGCUGGAGGUCCCCAACCCUACUGGGUCAUUUUACUGCACUAUUUCUCCAAAAGCCCAUAGCUAUAGUAUUCCUCACCCGGAAUGUAGGGAGAUCUGGAACCCCGCUGCAAAGAGGGCCCUGUUGUUCUAUCACGCCAUGAUGACACACGGGCCGAGCCUAGGCUUCCAGACUUUGGCACAUACUGCUUGUAUUCCCAGAAUGACUGACUGGAGAACAGCUGUCUGCAGUGACCUGAAAUCAGAACCUUGCCGUUGGCCUCUUCAGUGAUCCUCGCAGGGCUACGCGUCCAUGACCUAAAGGCCUGGCCAUAGCCAUCUUUCUUCACCACCUCAUUACUCAACUGUCCCCGAGGGGGGUGGGGAAUCCAUCAGAAAUAGAAGAGUACGUUAUUCAACAGCUGGGGUUUUCAACUUGAGUUAUUUAAAGCGAUGGUAAAGUAGAGGAGGAUUCGGGCUGCCCCCUAUAAACCUUGUCUCCAUGACAAUAUAAACGUCAGAACUGUUCAUCUUCACUUCAUACUUCCUUUGACUAAGUCACUCAGGGGACUGUCCUCGGUUAUGUGGCCUUGCCAGAGACGUUUGGUUUGGGGAGGAAUAAGGUCAAAUGCACAAACCAACCAAACAUUUCUUAGUAUCCUGUGCUCGCUGCUAAUGCGCAUGGCCAUAGCGCAUGGCUAUGGUUUCUACUUUAUAUUGGUUUGGGACCCUCUUAAAUGGGCAUGAUAACAAAACUCGGAAAGUCUUCAUGGCAGAAUCAAUUUGAUUUCAUUGGCUUGAAAUAAUAGCCACAAAGAAUCAAGUUUCGCCAGCCCCACAAAAGACAGUGCUCUGAAACUGGAAAUGAUUAGCCCAGCCUCCUGCCACCGCCGCCCCCCCCCCGCCCCCGCCCUGACCUUGGGUAGCUUAUGGGUUGAACACCCAUGCUGGGCGUGGCUCUCAUCCACCUCUUUUCCUUGAACUUGAUGGGCUGGCUUUCAAAACAGUGCUUCUCACUUGGACGUUAUCGUCCAAGUGAAAGGGAUGCAGAGGCUGGAGUCUUCCAGGGGAGUAGAAGAGCAGGUUAAUUAGGAAGGAAUAUUCCAGGGAAUGAAAAAUUCAAGUGUGCUGUUGCUCCAUCCCUGGACCUGUGAGAGAAAAAGAAAAAAUGUGAAGGGCUGCCGAGGCUAGUCUCUGGACAUUUCCUGUGUGUGUCUGUGUGUCUGGCCUACCCUGGUGACAUACCAGGGACAGAGUGCCACGGGGCUGCUGCCCAUCAACCUGAUCGCAGUGACACACAUGGCAAACAUCAAGGGGAGGCUGGUAGCUCACCUUCCCUUGGGAGAUGCUGACAUCUGCCAAGCUCAAAGUGCCUCUCCCGGGGCUUUCUGCCUGUUGAGCUGAGGCCAGGAGAGCAGAGUUUAGAGCCAGAAGUAUGGGAGUGCGGUCACGUGCAGGACCCCACGUACUUCUGCCACCCACCAGCCUGGUAAUUUUGAGUGACGUUCCUUCCUGGCCUCGGGUGUCUCGUCUCUAAAGAGGAAGGGUAAACCAAGAGAGCCCUCCCACGGUGAUCAGUUGGUCUGAAACAAGUCAAAAUGACGCCUAGACUUGAGAGGGUCCCUAUUCCCCCCAGGGAUUGCAUUAGGGACUGGCAGUUUCUUCUUGAACACAGGUCCCAAGAGGCAGUUGUAAUAAAGUAUCUCUUUUGAUGUCCAUUGUCUAUAGAUGAAACAAUGCAAAUCAGUUUAUGUCAAAUGUGUGAUGUCUUGCAAGUAAGAGGUUUUGUUUACUCCCUAAGUCUUGCUGACUCAAGGGAACAUCAAAGAUGGGCUCUCUGUCCUUGUCUUAGCCAGUGCGAAAAGUAAGGGGGUUUGAUCACUUUAUUGCAGAUCUUGUGCAUCAGAAUUCAUGAAUGAGUGGGCUGAAACAAAGCCAGAGCCCAGGAAAAGAUGUGUGUUUCUCCAUCUGAGAAAGCCUAACUGGAAGCUACUGACUAAAAAACACAAUUUCCUGUUCCUCCCUCCCUCCCUCCCUCCCUCCCUCCCUCCCUCCCUCCCUCCCUCCUUUCCUCCUUUCUUUCCUUCCUUCCUUCCUUCCUUCCUUCCUUCCUUCCUUCCUUCCUUCCUUCCUUCCUUUUUUUGUCCUGGCCAUUCCAGUAUAUGUGAUCGUGGCUUAUAAUUAUUCGUAACACUGCAGAAGGAAGAGAGUCACUGUCUCAUGAUUGUCAGGAAUAACAUUAGCAGUCUGCGGAGACCAGCCACUGCGAUCGUCUUUUGAAGGCUGAGGGAUGCUGAGCACAGAUGCCUGGUUUAGAUGCACCCCAACCCUGAUGAGGGGUGAGAGCAGGACAAGAGUGGCUGCUGGACCUAUAAAAGUCCCCAGUCCUUCUGCCCCAUGACAAUGUAACACCCUGGGUCUCUGUCCCUCUUCCUCUUCCUGAAGUGGACUGAGGUUUUUAUACAAGCCCAGAUUGGUCAGGAAAGGGUCCUCUCAGCUUGGUAGAAAUUCACACAAGCCAGUGUUUCCCAGCUCUCUUCAAGGAAAAUCAACGAAUAUUCUUCCUUUCUGACCUGGAAUUCUGGUUUCAGGGGUCUUUGAAUGGCUUCUUAGUGGGAUUUGAUUCUCCCCGCCCCCCAAUUCUGAAUCCAGCAAGAAGCUCUUUCUCCAAGGACUAACCAAAGACAAUGCCCUUGGAUGGAAAUCAGAUCCAGAAGUCUGGCCAGGCAGUGGGCUGGCAAACUGUCACCUGUUGAGUAUGGGGGAGGGAGGGCUCAGUGAGCCUGGAAGUCAUUAGACUUGAGACGUGACUUGUUUCUCAAAGCACAGUAUAGUUAGUGGCUGGAUGCGGACCAGAGCACAGCUGAGGACUCUUAGGACCAGGACGCCCAGAGCCCGGCAGCUCUCAUAUCCAGAAUGGGCCAUUAAGACUGAAAUCCUGGGUCACAGUCUUCCCAUUUACCUCAUUCAUGUUCCUUUUUUUUUUUUUUUCAUUCAGUAUUAGGUGAUGAUUUCUGCUAAUAAGUGAUGAGAGAGUCAGCAAACUAGUCAAAAGAAAAUCUUUAUAUAAAAUGUAAAUAUUAAUAUAAAUUAACUUGGCAUGCAACUUACUAAUCCAAUGAAGUAUAUAUUAUUAAUAUGUUCUUUUAGUGUAUAAAGGAAAACUGACUGCCAUAUCUACCAGAUGUUUUCUGUAACCAAACUUGUCUGUAAAUAUAUAAUCUGUAUAAAAAAAGAGUCUAAUUUACCAUUAUUUAUGCAAUAGACGAAAAAUAAAAGUUUUUUUUUCUUUU